AUGCCUCGAACAAAACUCGACGUUGAAUCUAGGAGCUAUCAUUUGCCUGGAUAUCCAUCUCUUGCAAACUUCAUUGCCAGCGACCGAGAUCGCACAACCCUCAUAUACAAGCGCUUCGAUGAGUUAUCUGCACGGAACCUCCUUUACCUACAAAGCGAGCUUGCUGAGCUCCAAGCGCGGCAACAGAACUUUGAUCAAGAAGAUCGAAAAGCUGACUUGCCAACAAAACAAUGCGCCCGGAAUUUCGCAUGUUUCGAAGAAGCAGCGUCUGCGGCACAAAAUAAUGCAAAGCAAAAAGCGAGAUGGGAACUGAUGAUCCAAAUUAGACAGACGAUUAAAGAAUACCGUGAAGCCUUGUUCUGCGAAAGCACAUUAGCAUCUCUUCCGCCGCCUUCAAAGGGCGUCUUACGUGCCUUCAAGAAAGACUUUUAUGACGUAAGUGACGGGAGAGGUGAGGCCUUUCCUACACUCGGCGGAAACAGCGCUGGACUAUAUGAUGAUAUCGACGACCUCGUUGCGUUGCGGGUACAGGAGAAUCCAGAUCGGUUAACAAACUUCGCACAAGAGCACAUGGGCUUCCUAUUCCCGGACCGCAAACGAUCCAGAACCAGUAUAGCAUACGCCUCGGACCGCGCGAUCAGCUCCUUCAUAGCGUGGUUCAGCACCUUCCUAGCAGCCCUCCUACUCAUCGGCGCCAUCGUGGUGCUGUACAAGGUGCGCUCGCCAGACUGGAGACUGGGAUUAAUCGCGACGUUUACGAGUCUUUUUGCUAGCAGCGUUGGGUUAUUGACCAACGCUCGGCGAGCGGAGCUAUUUGCAGCGACAGCGGCGUAAGUACAAUGGCAAGUCUCGUUAGAAGAAGUACACUAGUUGACUCGUGAUUAUACGUGUAGAUAUGCAGCUGUUCUCGUGGUGUUUGUGAGUGGUGACCUGGGCAAUGAUCAGUCAAGUAGGAAGAUGUAAGGGCCUGGGCUGUAAAGGGGUAUCCAUAAUAUUCUCCAUCCGUAUACCAAUAGCUCACUCUAUGUGUUCGCAUAUUAUAUCGUACACCUCUCUUCAAACGCUGUCCCUCGAGCCCACAAAACUCUCUCUCCUCCCCCAGUUCCGUGGCUGCCUCUUCAAGAAC